AUGGAACAUUGUAAUGUUGCCAUUACUCCAGUUGAACCAAGGUUACACUUGUCAAAUAAUGAAGAUGAGAAAGAUGUUGAUCCAACUCAAUAUAUAAGGUUGAUUGGAUCCUUGCAUUAUUUAUGCAAUACGCGAUCAGACUUGGCGUUUAGUGUCAGUAUUGUGAGUAGAUUCACGGGGAUACCGAAGGUGUCUCACUUGACAACAUUCAAGAGGAUUCUAAGAUAUGUCAAAGGUUUUGUUGGCCGCAGAAUUCUCUUUCUAGCAGCGGAUAUGGACAUAAAAUGGAAUUUUCUCGGUUUUACUGAUUUCAAUUGGUGGGGAGAUAAAGAUGACCGAAAGUCUACAACUGGAUACAUCUUUAUGUUCGGUGGAACACCAAUCUCAUGGUGUUCGAUGAAGGAGUUGGUAGUUGCACUCUCAUCUUGUGAGGUCAAGUACAUUGUCGCUUUGUUAUGUGCAUGCCAAGCCAUGUGGGUUAUGAAUAUAUUGAAGGAGCUGGGCAGCAGUGAUGGUGAGGCUGUUACACUCCUAGUUGAUAAUGUUUUCGCGAUUAAUCUUUCUAAGAAUCCAAUUGUAAUGGGAGGAGCAAGCAUAUUGAGACGAGGUUUUAAUUCUUGA